CACCAAGUACCUUCAAAAAUAUUUGGUCACAUUUCACAUUCUAAUUCUAAUCAGUUGUCUGUCAACAUUUUUCUAAUUUCAAUUUUUUUUAAUGCACGGCCAUGCAUUAGUUAUCAAGAUAUAAGUGUAAGUGCGUCAUAAGUAAUCAUCGAAAUAAACAUUACCGGUUGUUUAGCUUUUCCCUAUCUAUUCAACCGCCCUGACCACCUUCAACAACCCAACUUCUUGUGCUUGAUAGUGUUAUCAUUAAAUCAGGUUUUUCUAUAACAAAACAAUUGUCUUCCUCACUUACUAUCAGUCAGAGAGAUAAGGAUUUGGAUGCACUCCAAGGAAGUGGGCUGAUACGUUGAAUUUUUCUCACUUUGUAGAUUUUACCUGUCACUACCGCUUUCAACUCGCAUCAGCACCGAGCUCAGCUAUGAUCAAGAAAUCAGGAGGCUUUCAGAGGCGCAGAAGUUUGUCAAUGCCGAAUAUUUCUGUUAAGACGGAAGGAGGAGCAACCUCUUCCAAACCUCCAAUGGCAGAAAAAUCUGACAAUGACAAGUUAUCAGAAGCGGAUCUGCAACACAUAAAAUUCAUCCAGGCUCUAGCACGGAAAGUUUUGGCGGAGGUGGAACAAGAGAAGAGGAAAGCGGAGGCUCUCAGUCGCAUAGCCCCUUUAGAGGAAGAGCUACUUUUAGUGAAGAGAAAUUUGGAAGCUGUUAGGAGCCGUUUAUCUCAGCUUCAAGAGAUCAAAGGAAAAAUAGAUGAUCUGGAAAUGGCUGAAAAGAAAUGUGACCAGUGUUUCCCCAUACUGAAAAAAAUUAAUGUUAAUUUCAUAGAAAAUCUAUCUCAUGCUUUGGAAGGAAGUAACUGCAAUUUAAAGGUUAAAAAUAUCAUCCUUCCUAAAAGUGAGGAAGACAUCAGGGAGCUGUUGCAGCUUGUAAAUAAUACUGUUAAACAAAUUGAAUCAUUGUGUCAUUGUGAAACAGAUGGUAGUUGCAGUAUACUAGAGUAUGCAAGCAUAAUUUCAGAAAUGGAAGCUCUUAGUGCGAAAAUUGCUGAUUGUCAGGAAAAAAUCCCUCAUCUUGAGAGGAAACUAGCAGACGUAAACCUUGAACAUACUGCAAAGGAAAUAAUGUUAACAACAAAAAAACGACAUACCAUGGCAAAGCGUGCUUAAUUUAAGUAAUGAAGUUUUAAAAGAAAAUUAUAAUAAAUAUAAGGAAGAAAUCUUUAUUUAAAAUCA